AUGGCAGCCGCGCUGCCGUCCACCGCGCUCAGAAUCGCCGCCCCGACGACAUUCGCGACAUCAUCGUUCUCCGGUAGGACAGCGGGGACACGCGGAUCAUCCGCUAUUUCCGCCGGGAAUGGGGGAAGCAGAAACCCUGCCAGCGGAAAAGAUUCAUCUAAGAAGGCCGCGGCGGACGUGUACACAGAGGACGAGGAGGCUUACAGCGAGGAAGAGGAGGCCUAUAGCGAGGAUGAGGAGAUAGACGAGGAGCUGCUAGCCGCCAUGCUGGCGGAAGAAGAGCUCCUGGCGGCGGAGCUGGAGAAGGGCGGAAGCGGAAGCGGAAGCGGAAGCGGAGAGACAGGGGGAAAGCGCGCAUGGUCGGACGAGGAGUGGGACGAGGAGGAACUAGACGAGCUCUUCGAUAAAUAUGGGAAGACUCUUAAAGAGGAUACGAGCGGCAGCAGCGCUGGGUACAAGCUUGUAAGAGAAGAGGAUGAUACCGGGGAUGAAGAUGAGCAGAAUGAUGGUAGCGAGGGUGGUAUUAACGGGGUUGUUGCCGUCAGCAGCGCAGUUGCUGCGUCACGAGCCGCGGAAGAAGCAUCGUCCGCCGCGCCGCGUUUCCCGCCGGAUUCGGACGAGGCGAGCGAGGCGUUCGCGGUCGCGCUGGCUGUCGCCGCGAGUGACGCUAAAGGGGGUGAUAUUAUCGCGCUGGACGUGCGGCCGCUCGUGUACUGGACGCAGUACUUCGUUAUAGCGACGGCCUUCUCGCGCGCGCAGAUGGACGCUAUAGCGAAGCGCAUGCGCGACGUGGCGGAGUCGCCACGGUUCGCGCGCGAGCAGAAGGGCGGGGAUAGGGGGAGCGGCGGGAGCGCCCGCGGGGGAAGCGCGUGGACGCUACUAGACUAUGGCGAUGUGGUAGUGCAUCUUUUUACUCCUAAGGAGCGCGAUUAUUACCGCCUAGAGGAGUUCUACGCCAAUGCGGAGGAGGUUCCGCUGCCGGACUCGGGGGAAGAGCGGAGGAGGAGAGGCGGGGAGCAGGGGAAGAGGGGGGGAGGGGAGGAGGGGAGGAGGGGAAGAGGGGAUGAGUUGGUGAAAAGGGGAAAAGAGGAGGAAGGUGGCGCGCUGAUAGUGAGUGGUGCUGCUGGUGCAUGGGAGAGAAGAAGGAACGGAGGAAGUGGUGGGAGGGAGGAGUCUGGGGGGGUGUUUAUGGCAAGGGAAGGGGCUGGAUGCUGGGUGGAGGUUUUUAGUGAGAGUAGGAUCUGGAGGUACAACAAGCUGCAGGACGAUUUCCCUUCUCUGCGCGAAUACAACGACUAUCUGGAGCACGUGGAGGAUAUAGUGUUUCGGCUGGUGGAGGGGAUUGAUGCGGCAGAAGCAGAGGCGGAGGUGAGGGCGUAUGAAGCGAACAACCGAGACAGCAUUGCUGCUGCCAGGGCCAAGCGGGCAGAGCGGCGAGCAGCCGAGCUGAGAGCAGCAGCACUGCCGCCCAAACCGGGGGAAUCGUCAGUGUACCAACUGGCAGCAUGUGUGUUGCGCAGGCGGCAUGUGUGUUGCGCAGGCGGCAUGUGGAGCCUUCCCUCCCCUCUCUCACCUCAUCCCUUCUUCCCCCCACCUUUUCCUCUCCCUUCAUUGCAGAUAGAGCAGCAGGAGAGGGAUCAGCUCGAAAUGACAACUGAUUUCGCCACAGCAGCAGCAGCAGGAGCAGGGGACAUGGCAGCAGGAGGGGCAUUCCCCCCUCGACCAAUGGGAAUGCUCCAGCCCAUGCCUGUGCACCAUACCGAUGGCAGCCUAGGCUCGGCACCGAGCCUGACUCCGGAGCAGCAACAGGCUCGAAUCUUGAAGGGGCAGAAGGCUGGCGGAUGGACGGUGGAGAGUUCGCACAGGAGAGCCGUGGAGGAGGCGUGGGGCACUCUGUGGGUCAUGUGA